CACUUUUGCCCACCGCUAGCGCUGCGGAUUCCAUAACCUGUAAACAAAUAAAUACACUUCCCGGUGCUUUCCUUGCAUAACUAUUUAUAAUAACUUGUCUAAAAUGGCUCAAAGUAGGCUCGAAAAGAUUGGGACUAUCUUCACAAGAGUUCAGGGACUUCUCCGAGGCGGCGCCAUGAAAGCGGAGGAUAAACCCAUUUGGUACGAUGUUUACGCCGCAUUUCCUCCCAAGGCGGAACCCCGUUUCGACAGGGUGGCACCCCAGAUCCCAGUAAAAAAAAUAUUUUACGUCGAAGAUGUGGUUCGAGCAAAGCUCCAUAGGGAAAAUAAGCCCCAGGAAACGAUAUCCCUGCUUGACAACCGACGUAGCUCCCAGUCGCAACAGUUCGUUCAGAUCUAUCAGAACUUAAAGACGCAAGGAGCGUUGGACGACCAGAAAAUUUACGAAACUGCUUUGGACUUGUUGGCGGAGCAGCGUCAGCAGUCGAGAUUGGCGGCCACCCCAGAGGAAGUUGCUCAAGAGAUCGACACCGAAACGAAGUCCCAGCUGUUGAGUGACUUUAAGGAAGCAAGCGAGAGCCAAGCUUCAAAAUCUUCCUCCGUGCCGCCUACGCCCAAGUCCAAAAGGGACGCGGGAGUCGGCAUUAACAUAGACAGUUUGUUCAAGGAUUAGACAAUAUAUUUUUUUCAACUAAUAAUAAACAUGUGUACUUUAAAA